UCUCACCGUAAACAAUUCUGGAUAUUUCAUCAUGAGCUGAUGAAACGUGUCUGAUGAAAUUGUUAGUCACGUUUUACUUAAAACCACAGACAAAGGCUGCAUCCAGUCAUUGCAAAAUUCAAAAUGAAAGUUUCUCAAGUGAUGCACUGCAGCUUUUCAUCGUGGUAUUCAAAAUUUAAAGAACUCACUAUCAAAAGCAUUAUAAUUCCAUUACCUCAGGAAUUCCUAGAUUAUCUUCAUACAGAUGGGAUAGUAUUACCAGAUGGUUGUGUACAUGGUGUUGGAGGCAAACAGUCUGAAUCGGACGAAGAAGGGGAAGAACAGAGUGAGGUAGACUGGGGUGAAUUGUCAAAUACCGCAGAAGCCAAGGCACCUAAGUUUCCUGAGUUUGAUGCCCAAGUAAAGAAAGCAAUACAGAAACUUGGAGGAAACGUCUUUCCUAAGUUGAACUGGAGUGCACCUCGAGAUGCAACUUGGAUUUCCUUCGACAAAACUCUAAAGUGUACGUGUCCCAGUGACGUCUACCUCUUGCUGAAGAGUUCCGACUUUAUAGCUCAUGACUUGUCGCAGCCGUUUCUUCAUUGCUCAGACUGUGCAGCAAACAAUGAAAUCAAAUACGAACUUGUGUUACGUAAAUGGCAAGACUUCCAACACGGGUCAGAAUUCCGAUGUUUUGUGAAGAAUAACAAACUAAUAGCAAUAACCCAGCGACACCACAUACAGUAUUACGAGUACAUUGAUAAACACAGCGAUGAAAUUGAGUCAGAUAUCAAAGCAUUCUUCUACCAUGUGCUGGCCAACCGGUUUCCAGACCAUAACUAUGUCUUCGAUGUUUACAGACAAUCUCAGGGCCAGUUACUCUUACUGGACUUUAACCCCUUUGGUGUUCCAACAGACCCAUUGCUGUUCAAAUGGGAAGAACUAGAAAAUGAUUCCAAUAGUGGAGUGAAGGAUUUGGAGUUCCGAUACAUUAAGAGCUGUUUUGAUCUUCAACCAAACCCUUAUGCAUAUUACGCUAUGCCCAAAGAUUUUGUAGACUUAGCAGCCGGAGAAGAUCCCUACAAACUUCUGGAUCUUCUGAACUUGAAGGUUCAACAACCUGGUGGAGAUUCGAACAGUGAUGAUGGCUGAAAUCAAGGCGUGUUAUGUUAUCUGUGAUACAAACUCUUAAAAUUCUUUUAUAUUUGUAAAUAAACUAUUUUUUUUAU